CCACCGCCAUCUCGAUCCAUCAUGUUGCUUCAUUCAUUCUUCUUGAUUUACUCAUUUAAUAUUCUAGAUCUGUAUCAUCUGCAUGAUCUGGAGGUCGAAUGGUUCGUUGUGUCAGUGGAGGGACUGUAAAGCUAGCAGCUUUACUUGUCACUUGGGCAUGGUUGGUGGUGAUCUUCCUUUCCAUGAGAAGCAAAGAACAUUCCACUCCUUUUUUUGUUAGUGGGCGUACACGUAGAGCAGAGUUGGUAGUAGUCGUUGGCCUAACAUUCAUUUGCGUAGACAGAGGACAUAGUACAGCUGAAGCCACACUAUAUGUGCACCUGGUCCUAGCGAAGAGACUGCAGUAGUAAUACGCCAUGGGUACUAGCUACUGGGCAUGUUUGUCAAAGAAUUAGACAAACCUAGUGAAGUCCUGUUUUGGUUGCAGCUGCAUCUCCCAAAUUGGGUACCCGAGGUUGGGCUGGCAUCAGGGCUUGGGCAGUACACCGAAGUCGUAAGGGAAGCUCAGAAGGGCUUAAAACUUCGGAACGUGAGGUUUGUCGACGCGAUGGGGUUGCCGUUCCAAGACGGCCAUCUGCAUCUGAACACCCAGGCUCAGGUCCAGCUGGGACAUAUGCUGGCUCAGUCCUAUUUAACUUAUGGGCAUGCACAUCCUCUUCGAACACCCACACCAUGGUGGCUGCAACUUACUACCUUGGCUUGUUGCUUCAUUGUUCUUUGGAGGGAGCCAUACACAUCUGUGCUUAUAUAAUCAAACAAACAGAGGAGGUUGAAGAAGAAAGCUACUGAGCUCUGCACAUAACCAUAUACCAAUACAUAGGCAAUGCGAUGCCGAUACAUAGAAGAUUCAUUCUUUCAGGUGUAUAUAUACACACACAUUGAGAAGAAAAGAAACACUCAUAGAGAUCAUAUAUACAGUAGAAGAUUUUACGACACAUUUUGGUUUCUCCUCUGGUAAACCUGGCUAACUCUAGUGUAUGUAUGCAAGCAAAGUCAGCAUAGAUGGAAAAAUGAUCUGAUUUAUUGAGCUUGUGUAUUUUCUGGUAAUCUUAGUCAUUGAUAAGAACACUUGAGGACGUACAUGCUCAUGACAACAAUUCUUAGUUAUAGUACCAGUAUCUGAUUUGAUGGGGAAAUAAGUCAAAAUAAGAGUGAGUAUGAUAGUAUAAAUUAUUUUUCUAGUUAGUUCAAAUAGCAGCAUGUUUGCUCCUCUCCGGUACCAUAAACCCACCAUAUACCUUCCUCAAAACAGCCAUCAUACCUACCUAUCAUGACAUUUUCAUAGUCAUUCCGAGAUAUAUUGUCAUGCAACUUCCAUCAUCAUCAUAUACAUGA